UGACUCGGCCGCGUUCAUUCUACGAUUCUGCGUCCGUUGACUUCUGCGCGUGCUCACAGGACAAACAUUAGUGUGUGCUUGUGCUCCUCGUCCUAUCGACCCCUCCAACUCCAGCUCUACCUCCCUCCACCCCUUCGACAUGCCUGUCUUACUGCGACGAAGUGCUCCCACCUUCACGGUGGAAGAACUUGCCGAUGGGUACUCGCGGAACCGCCGUGUAACUUCUCGCAGUGAGCAAGGGUCGUCCAGACGUAUUUCGGCUCCCGAGGAUGUUCGAGCACACGAUCCACCACAGUCUCGUACACCUAGCCGAUCGGAGCCGCCAGAAUACGCCCGUGCACCCUCAGAGGACAAUGGCAAUUUUGUCGGGGCUUGUGACGAUGAUAUCAAGCCGAGGACAAAGCCCAAGACUCUUGCUAACAUUGUACACCACCCCAACAUGAUGAGUACUUUGGCGAACGAACUGAACCGACUACCGAAAACCUACGCACGAUUGUGCUGGGACCGUAUCACGUCCUCCUUUGCCAGCGUCCGCAGUACGCGCCAAAAGAAGUCCAAGGUUUCGUCGGACACUGAUAUCGCGACUACGGGAACUAGUGAGGCCCGUACAUCGUCGAUUCCCUCGUCCCCCACGACGUCCGAGGCUUCCAAUUCGUCUCUGAGGUUCCAAUUUUCCCCCCAAGCAUAAACGUGCAGCUGUCUUGCCCGUCUUGUACCAUAGUAAUUUUGAAGUCGCAGUAACGUUUUGAAAAAUGCAAUUAACUUAGCGUUUUGAAGAAUGCAAGUACCGUGGCGAAAAGUUUGUCUUCAUUGCGUUGGUUCAGUUCGCGACACGGCGACUCCGCAUGGCCCCAGAGAUUUGGACCCACAAGAAGAUCAAAAUGAGGAAAACAAAGCCAGCGAUGAAGCCAUAGAAUCGAGGGUUCUACACGUGAUCGAUUAUGAGCGAUGGGGAAACGUGAAUGUCGACGGUGAGCAACGUACACGAUCGUUCACUUUGAUUUCGAUCUUCUGUCGCUUCAGACGCUCCGACAUCUUUCCAUAGCGCUCGCCAUCGUAUACCUUGGGUCCCAGCGCCACGUUUUGCACCUCAGUCGUACCUUGCUUGCCUUCGUUGACGAAGCGGUUGCGCAUCGUCGAGCUCAUUGAUUCAAGUCGUCGGCCGAGUCGUUCAGCGCGGGAGUUGUGGCACGAGUUCUUAUUCACUGACGGCUCGAGAGGACUGAUCCCCACCUCUGAUUGGUCGGUCUCUCCCGAACUUCGAAUUGAAAAUUCAUUUAUG